ACCACUAGCUCCGCCAGCACAAGCGAGGCGCGGGGGCGCGAUGGGCAACUGCCAGGCGGCCGAGGCGGCGGAGGUCAUCAUCCAGCACCCCGGCGGCAAGGUGGAGCGCCUCUACUGGCCCACCCCGGCCGCCGAGGUCAUGAAGACCAACCCCGGCCACUACGUCGCGCUCGUCAUCCUCCGCCUCUCCCCCGAAGACAAGGCGGCAGCGGGGGACGAGGCCGCGGCGGCGGCCGCCGUCGCAGGCGCGGGCGCCGCCGCCAAGAUCACCCGGGUCAAGCUCCUCAAGCCCAAGGACGUGCUCCACCUCGGCCAGGUCUACCGCCUCAUCACCGCGCAAGAGGUGACCAAGGCGCUGCGGGCGAGGAAGAACGACAAGAUGCGGCGGUGCGAGGCCAUCAAGCAGCAGCACGACCAGCUCCGGCGCGGCGACGGGGCGGAGCAGGGCGCCUCUGACAAGGACGCGAACGCGAAAGCGAAGCAGCGGGGCGAGAAGGACCGGCACCGGGGCUCCGGCGGCGCGCAGCCGGCCGGUGGCGGCAGAGGCCGGCACUGGCGGCCGUCCCUGCAGAGCAUCUCCGAAGCCGCGGCCGGGCAGAGCAGCAGCGCCAGCAGCAGCAUCUCCGAAUCCACUGCGAGCUAAUCGCCGGAUUAACAACCCUCAGUGCGAGAAUUAUAAGUCCGUCUACUAUCCAGACACCGAUACACUGCAGGCAACACUUGGUUCAUCACCCUCCAAGGUGUGGCGUGCUUUGAUUGGAGGCAGAGACAUACUUAAAUUGGGUCUUAUUCGGAGAAUAGGUAAUGGGCAGUCGACUAA